AUGGUAACUGCUGAUGUACUUAUCAUUGAUAUUAAGAGUGACCCCUCCCGGAUACCCCCCCCCCCCCCCCCCCCCCCGCCCCACCCGCCCCCUCCCCCCCCCCCCCCCAGCCCUCCCCCGCCCCCCCACCCCCCCACUCCCCCCACGUCCCCCCCCCCCCCCCCCCCCCCACCUCGCCGCCCACCACCCCCCCCCCCCCCCCCCGCCCCCCCCCCCCCCCCCCCCCCCCCCCCCCCACCUCCCCCCCCGACACGACACCCCCGACCCACCGCCCCCCCCCCCCCGCCCCCCGCCCCCCCGCCCCCCCCACCCCCCCCACCACCACCCCCGACACCCCCCCCCCCUCCCCCGACCGACCCACCCCCCCCCCCCCCCCCACCCCCCCCGCCCCCGCCCCCCCCCCCACCCACCGACGCCCCCCCCCCCCCCCCCCGCCCCCCCCCGCCCCCGCCCAACCCCCCCCCCCCGCCCGCCCCCCCCCCCCCCCCCCCCAUACACCACGCCCCACCCCCCCCUCCCCCCCCCCCGCCCCCCCCCCCCCCACCGCCGCCCCCCCCCCACUCCCCCCCCCCCCGCACCCCCGUCCCCCCAGCCUCACCCCCCCCGGCCCCACCCCCCCGACUCGCCCGACCCCACCUCCCCCACCCCCCCCCCCCCCCACCCUCCCCCCCCCCCUCCGCGCCCCCGUCCCCCCUCCCGCCUACCUCCCCGCCCCCCCCCGACCCCCAGCCCCCGAUGCCGACCCCCCCCCCCCCCACGCCCCAACCCCCCCCCCCCACCCCCGCGCCACCGCCCCCGCCGGACGACCCCUGCCCCCCGCCUCCCCAAGACCCCCCCACCCCCCAGCCCCCCUCCCCCCCCCCCCCCCCCCCCCCCCCCGUCCCCCCUCCCCCCCCAAAGCCCCCCCCACCCCCCCCCCCACCCCCCCCCGUCCCCCCCCCCCCCCCGCCCCCCCCCACCCCCCCUCCCCCCCCCCCCCCCCCAACCCCCCCACCUCCCCGCCCACACCCCCACCCUCCCCCCCCCCCCCCCCCCCCCCACCCCCCCCCCCGACUGUGCGCUCCCCCACCGCCCGCCUCCACCCCGCCCCCCCCCCCCCGCCCCUCCCCCGCCCCCCCGACUCCCCGCCCCCACCCCCCCCCCCCGCCCCCCCGCCCACCUGUCCCGCACCCGCGCCCACCCCCCAACCCCCCCCGCCCACCCACUCCCCCGACAUCCCCGACCACCCCGACCCUCCCCACCCCCGCCCCCCCCCCCCCCCUCCCGCCCCCCCCACCCCCCCCCCCCCCCCGCCCGCCCCCCCCACCACCCCCCCGGCCACCCCCCUCCCCGCCACCCUCCCCCCCCCCCCCCCCCCCCCCACCCCCCUCCGGCCGCCCCGGCCCUCCCCCCCCGCCUCCUAUCCCGACACCCCCCACCAGCCCCGCCCCACCGCCGCCUCCUCCCCCCGCACCCCCCCACGCCGACCCCCCCCCCCCCCCCCCCGCCGACUCCCCCCCCCCCCCCCCGCCCCCCCCCCCCCCAACCUCCCCCCCCUCCCUCCCUCCCCACCCCCCCCUACCCCCCACCCCCCCCCCCCACGACCACCCCCCCGCCCCCCCCCUUCCCCCCCCGCCCCCACCACCCCCCCUAACCCCCCCCCACCCACCCCCCCCCCCCCCCCCCCCCCCACGGCCCUCCCCCCCCACCCCCCCCCCUACGGCCCACCCCCCCCCCCCCCCCCCCCCCGCCCCCCCCCCCCCACCCCCCCCCCCCCCCCCCCCCCAUCCGCCACACCCCCUCCCCCCCCCCCCCCCCCCCCCCCCCGACCCCCCCCCACCACCCGCCCCCCCCACCCGCCCCCCCGCCCCCGCUCCCGCCCCGACUGACAGGACAGGGUGA